UAUAUCCCCUUAUCCCCUCCCUCCCUACCUAUCUCCCACGUCUUAAUACGUACGAACAUCCAUUCACCCACGUCUGUUACACAACUUUUCGUUUAUCUUGUGCUUUAUUAAUUUAAAGCUUUUGACUUUCGUUUCCAAUUUCCUCCCAUGUUCUGUCUAUAUAUACUAGGACAAGCAACCAACUUACUUUCAUUCAACUGAAUUUCGAAGUUCUGGUGUCAGAGUUCGAGCAGUCGAGAGUUGUUUGUUCUAUAGUACUAACAGCUAGCUAGCAUUUCAAUCUUCGUCAUGAUGAAAGCUAAACACGAUGCAUCAUCUUCUUCUCCUCCUCCUCCUCUGAUGGAUGAGAAGCUUAAUAAUGUGAAAUCUCCGAAAUCAGCGCUGGGAAGAUUACGUCGCAAGCUGUCUUCGAGAAAGAGUACUACUGAAAAGCAGCGUUCUCUUUCGGGUUCUGAUUUCGAGAUGACGAGCAAAUUCUGCAGCGAGCUCCAAAGGGUGUUCGAUUACUUGGACGUGGAUGAAGAUGGUAAAAUAUCUCUUGCCGAGUUGCAAGGCUGCGUGACCACAGUGGGGGGCACUAUGUCCGUGGAUGAGGCGGAAGAAACCCUGAAGUCGUCUGAUUUAAACGGGGAUGGGCUGCUGGACUUCGAGGAAUUCCAGAAGCUAAUGGAGACAAGCGGGGAAGAGGAAAAGAAUGACACGCUCAAAGAGGCUUUUGCUAUGUAUGAUAUGGAGGGGUCCGGCUGCAUCACCCCCACGAGCUUGAAGAGAAUGCUGAGUCGACUCGGCGAUUCCAAGUCCGUUCAGGAUUGUAAAGCUAUGAUCCGAAAGUUUGAUCUCAAUGGAGAUGGCGUUCUCAGCUUUGAAGAGUUCAGAAUUAUGAUGCAUUGAUCCACCCAAUAGAAUAUUUCUCCUUUCCUUUUCAAGUUUUUGUCUGCCUAAUUUCCUUUCGGACGUAUUGAUUGAUGAAAGAUUUCUUCAGCCUUGUAAUAUAUAUUAUAUACAAUUAGAUUAUGAUGGUUUGAACUCA